AUGGCUUUACAGGACCUAUGCAAUUUCCAGGACAUCUGUCUGGACAUUGCGGAGUACCUUGAUGAGAGUCCGAUACAGUUUGGGCAAAUCAGCAAUGUCCAGAGCUCCAUCUCAUUCCAAGACUCCAUCCUGUCGUCUCUCUCCGUCCCCACAGGCCUUCCCAUUGCUUCCUCUCAGUCUGUGCCUCUGCCUUUCCCCAUGGCUCAUGGCACCACCACCCUGGCUUUCAUGUUUCAGGGUGGUGUAUUGGCUGCGGCAGACACUCGUUCCAGUUGCUCUGGCCUCGUGGCAUGUCCAGCAUCCCAGAAGAUCCUGCCCAUUCACAGCCACUUAGUGGGCACCACCUCGGGUACUUCUGCAGACUGUGCUCUUUGGAAACGGAUUCUGUCUCGAGAGCUGCGGCUCUAUCAACUACGAAACGGACGACGGUUGUCCACAAGAGGAGCUGCCAAAUUGCUUUCUCACAUGCUUCACCCAUUUAAGGGAACUGAGCUGUGUGUUGCUGCCACUUUAUGUGGGUGGGAUGGAGGAGAAGUAGAUGACCAAGUAGGUACAGAGAUUGAUAGCCAGAGAGAAACAACAAAGACAAUGACUCAGUGGUCUUCCUCAACGACUAGUGGUCAGAGGUGCUUAGACAGAAAGAAAGUGAGUUUCUCUGGACCCAGUCUUGUCUACGUGUGCAGUGACGGCACUCGUCUGCAGGGAACGCUCUUUUCUGUGGGUUCUGGAUCUCCCUAUGCCUACUCCAUUUUGGACCAAGGGGUUCAGUGGGGACUGACAAUGGAUGAGGCCAUUUCAAUAGCCAGAGAGGCGGUAUACAGAGCAACACACAGGGAUGCAUACUCAGGAAACUGUGUAGACAUCUAUCACAUCUCCUCAAAAGGAUGGACUCGCAGGAGCAGAGAGGAUUUGAAAGAGGAAUAUUACAGAGAAAAGGAAAGGAGAAGACAAGAGAGGAGGGAGAAACAGGAUGUUACUUUGUAA